AUGGUCGAAUCCAACACACUUGCGGGCACAGAACGUGACGCGGCGCUCGAGCAGUUGAAAGUUUAUGGGAGAGAUCCCCGCGAUGCAGACCCCAUUUUUACAAAGGAGGGGAUAUCGACGCUGGCUGCGCACUCCUUCGAUGGAUCGUCAGACACAACAUCCAGAAAUGCGCUACGCUGCCUGGCCAAUGCAAUGCUUCUUCAACCCAGCUGCCGCCAAGAGCUUGUUGGCCUUGGAUAUCACAUCAAGGCAUGUGCCAAGCUUGCAAGUGAUAGUUGGGACGACGAGUUCCUCAUUUCGCGGGUUCUGAUGCUGGCAGCAAACGCUGGAAAGAUCGAUCACGAGGCAUUGAUUACACAGUAUGGCCUUGCAGAGCUUGUUGCCGCAAGGUUAGAGAGUCAUGCCGACUUUUUGCCAGAUGAGGGCUCAAGCUCAAACACCAUGGAAGCUAUGGCGCUGAGCGAAACUCUCAAAAUGAUGUUUGCUGUGCUACGGUUUUGUCCGGAACAUAGUGCGCGAUUCACCGGAGCCGCAGGCCAUAUUCUAACGCUGAUAUGUCAGCGACCGCUGCCUGCUGAAUCCGUCCUGGAUCCCCCUUUCGGUUCCUUAAUCAAUGUGUUAUGCAACCUCGACCUCAAGGACGAAACUCUCAGGAAUACUUUGUUCCCGGAGAUAGAUCCAUGUCGCGUCACAAACAGGCUGAUUCACAUCCUCGACAGGACGUUGAGUGAGUCCAAGGGCAGUAGCAUGGAUGACGCAACGAUUACCGUGCUUGCGGGAUCAUUGUGCAUUAUUUUCGAGGUUGCGCCCGAGCCGGUUCGCACAUCCAUGCAAGCCAAACUCCUGCCUGCCGAUGAAGACAGGAAUGAGGUUCUUGGCAGCACGGAGAGUCUGCCAUCAAGACUCCUGAAGAUGAUGACCAACGCCAUGGCUCCGAGCUCACGAAAGGCCAUAUCGCAUCUGCUUUUUGGUCUUUCGGACAAGGACCCUGCCAAGUUUGUGGAGAAGGUCGGCUAUGGGUACGCCUCUGGCUUCCUAUUCGAAGAAAAUAUACCAGUACCACAAUCUGCGCUGGCCAGCGAAGGGACUCCGGGUUCAACAGUGCAAGGAAGAGCUGUCAAUCCCAUAACGGGGCAGUUCUUAGACGCGGAAAAGCUGCUUGAUAUGCCCGAAAUGACACAGGAAGAUAAAGAGAGGGAGGCGGAGAGAUUGUUUGUUUUGUUUGAAAGACUCAAGAAGACUGGCAUUAUUGACGUCCAGAAUCCGGUUGAGAAGGCGUUUCAAGAAGGCCGCUUUGAAGAGCUUGAAGACGACGAAGGUGAUGAUGAAGCAGAGAGCUACAAGGAAGCGGGCCGAAAGUACCAAGAAGAUAAUAUCUUCGGUCAUGACAAUGACAUGUUCAUCAGCGAUGGCAUUGUCGCGAAUAGUGGCGCUCAUGAUGAGCCGGUAGGAACUACGUUCCAUCUAGGUGACGAAGCUGAUGAAGUGGACUACAACACGGUGGAGCCCGAGCCUGCUGGUCAUACCAACUAUUUGGAAUCGCAGCCAGUUAGCGACCCAACUUUGGAUAACCAAGUGUCUAUCGUGCCAACCACUGGCAAGAAACGUGGCCGUCCGUCUCUUUCCAGGUCAUUACCCCGGAACGGUACGCCUGCGAAGACACCCACUAAACCUGGAAGGCCUUCCAAAACCCCACGCACUGAGAAGACCUCCAAGGUCGCAAAAGCAUCUGUUUCGACAGGGAGCACGAAAAAGCGCAAUGCUGAUGGUGAGAUUGGCGGCGCGCCACCCACAAAGAGGACGCGUGUUGGAAAGCCCCUCAAAGCAGAGCGCGCUCCUGAGCGCGUUCAAUCUCGAAGGAGUGCUGCUGAAGCGGCCAAGGCUACCUUCAGCACUGCGCUUAAAAAGGCCAAGAUUGUGGAAUCCUCAGACCCUGCUCCCAAAAAGCGAGGUCGUAAGGCCAUUGGCGCUGCCGCGGUAGUUUCAAGCGAAGCAUACGAGGUCGAAAAAGUCUUAGACUCAAGCGUUGACGCCGACACCAAGCAAUUGAUGUAUCUUGUCAAAUGGAAAGGCUACUCAUCGGCCGAAAAUACCUGGGAGCCGAAGAAGAACCUCUCAGGCGCGUCCGAAGUUAUCAAGAAAUUCAACGCCACCAAGAAGAGUGAGCAGGUUACCAAGAACCCACGGGGUCGCAAGCCUAAUGCGACAACCAGAACCACCAAAACCCCCGGCAGGAAACCCGGCGCUUCCAAGCCUGGUCGGAAACCAGGCCGCAAGCCUGCUACUGCUAAAGCCGCUUCAACGACUACCGUUACGGCAGAGGUGGCAGCUCCGAAGAGGCGCGGUCGCAAGCCUAGAGCGGCGCAUGUAAAGUAAAGCUGGGUCUUGGGCGGUCUUUACUCUUUGCAGCUUUUGUUUUCCCCUGGUACUAUGGUUGGUAUUGUAUCGUGCAUAGAUCUUGGGAAGAUUAUCGUUUUCAUUGGGCAAUCUUUGGGCCGAGGUAAUGAGCUGGUCUUUUUGGGGGUUCUUUUAUUUUAUUUUCCAUCCUCGUCCAUCUUCUGGUCUGAAGGCUGCCUGUCAACUUUCUCGGCUUUUUCUUUUCUUUUCUUUUUGCCUUCGCGAAUCCACGUGGUUAGUGGGUGUCUUGUAUCUCAAGAGAUAUGAGCAGCACGAUGUUGACUUUUUCUUGCAAGGUUUCUUUAUCCCCUCUUUUGCCACGGUCAUAUGCUCUGGAUGCACAAUGGAAGGAAAGAAGAAAGAAAAAGAAAAAGAAAACAAAAAGGGGGGGAGUUCCCCGUUGUGCAUCAACCUAGGUUAGCUUACUUACAUUUGAGAUUUUCUGCCUGUGUUUUGAU